CCGGCGCUGUGGCGGAAGGAGCCGAGUGGGCCGGCGCUGGAGCCGAGUGGGCCAGCGCUGUGGCGGAGGGAGCCGAGCGGGCCGCAUCGUACGGCGGGGUCGGUGAGACAGUGUUGUCGGCACCGGCCGAUCGGCCGGCUGGGAAAAUGGCGAUAUCGCGAGGACUCUUGUGCUGCCAGCGGGUGUUGGCUUGGAUACCAGUGCUCAUCAUCACCCUGGUUGUGCUUUGGUCUUACUACGCCUAUGUGGUCGAGCUGUGUGUCUUUACUAUUCAAAAUGGUUUAGAAAAAGCUGCAUAUCUUGUGAUAUUUCAUUUAUUUUUUGUGCUGUUUGUGUGGACCUAUUGCAAGGCUAUUUUCACAGAACCAGCACAGCCUUCCCGAAAGUUUCAAUUGUCCAGAGCUGAUAGAGAGAGGUAUGAGCGAGGAGAGAGCCCCGAAGUACAAAAGCAAAUUCUGCUGGACGCGGCUAAUAGGUUACCAGUAUACACCAGGACUGCAUCUGGAGCUAUCCGAUACUGUGACCGAUGCCAUUUGAUUAAGCCUGAUCGAUGUCAUCACUGCUCCAUCUGUGAAACGUGUGUAUUGAAAAUGGAUCAUCACUGUCCUUGGGUAAACAACUGUAUUGGAUUUUCAAACUACAAAUUUUUCCUGCUCUUUUUGGGAUAUUCCAUGUUGUAUUCCUUGUUCGUUGCUGCCACAGUUCUGCAAUAUUUCAUCAUGUUUUGGACGGGUGGUCUUCCAGAUGGUCCUGCAAAAUUUCAUGUUCUCUUUCUUCUUUUCGUGGCUGUCAUGUUCUUCCUCAGCCUCAUGUUCCUCCUCAACUACCAUUGUUGGCUGGUCAGUUUAAACAGGUCGACAUUAGAGGCCUUCUCAGCGCCAGUAUUUCAGCAUGGUCCAGAUAAAAAUGGUUUCAACCUUGGUGUAUGGAAAAACCUACAGCAAGUCUUUGGUUCACAAAAGAAGUACUGGCUACUACCCGUCUUCACCAGUGUUGGAGAUGGCCAAUCUUUCCCCAUGAAGUCACAGUCAGAGAGUCAUAAUCCACUUCUCUCCAAUGAUGAGCAGUGGGGUGAGGGCGAUUCAGAUGUAGACUACUAUGCAGCCACAAGUGGAAAUACCUCAGUGACUGUAGAAAUGGAGAGAUAGCUGACUUUUGCUGCUGUUCAGCACCCACAGGUUAAUCCCUGGUGGCACAGUAUUAUUUGGUGUGAAAAUGUGAGAACCAAGGCUCCCUGAGGGACUUCAACAAAUGGGAUGGAACUGAGUAUUACAUGCCUUACAAUCUUCUGAAGAUCUUCUCAUUACAUGAUGUACAUUUAGGCUUUGGUUCGCGAACAACUACAUUUUCUAGGGGUGAUGGAGGAAUGGAAAGGGGACCAUUGUAAAUUCACUUACAAACUGAGUACCCAUGGGCAGGGGCUUGUAUGUAAAUAAUGUGCGUGUGAAUGAGGCUCUAUCACAGUUACCUGAAACCAACGCUGCGAUUAAUUUAACAUUGAUGUGUUGUAUUUAUCUCAUUAGGGCAAAGUGCUAAACAAAACUGUUCCUUGCAUUAAUGUUGCACGGGUAAGGUACAAAUAUCGAACUGUCAAGUGGAAAAAUCUGCAAUAUCUGUUCAACCAUGUGUUCGAACAAAAGAGCAAUGGAUUGAUUAUUUGCUGUGUUUAUAUGAAUUAAGUCAUUUCAAACCAGGUCAUUUUUUAAAUGUUUUUUAAAUAUGUUUAAAAGAUUCUUGAACUUAGCUAGUUUUUUUAUAUGUUUGUAACGUGAUGUAUAUAUAUUUUUAAACUAAUUUACCCUCAGAAUUAAAAUUAAAUAUAUUACUCCAAUGAGGGACCAAAGAUUGGUAAAGCAGUAUCUGCUCAAAGUUUGAGUUAUUCUUGAACCUUAGGAACAUUUAGUUUGUGUGCACUUGCCUUUUACAUCACAGCAUGACGUCAGGGCCAGUUUUCAGCAGUUUCCUUUUUAUGCCAGCUUUAAUUUUGAACAAAAGAAGGAACUAACAAACAUAUACCUGAAAAUGUCUCCUUUUUUGCAUCCCAAAGUUCUCUGAUUUGUGUAUUCUGCAGGGGAUAUCGCUGAUUCCACCCCCAAAAUAUCACCUUUCACUUUCUCCCUGUACAACUGGUAAUUUGCACAGACCAGUUAGUUUGAGAGUUUGCUACCUAUUCUUAAUUAAAAAUAUAUAGAAAUUCAGGUUAGAUAUUAACUGUUAGCAAAUGUAUUUAAAUGUUUUUAUAUUGGAACAUGUGCAAUUUCUUAAGAGUAAUUUUUCAGCUUGCUUAGAAAUUCAUUCCUUCAAUAACCUGGGCUUAAUGAGUAUUACUGUGAGAACAAGCAACAUCCUAUCCCAGGUUACGGUUCUGACUUGUAGUCUGAUAACGUGACACGUGAAUUUCCUGGACUUUUGGAGGUUUUCUGACUCCAAGCUUCUAUAGCCUGUUGCUGAAGCCCAGGAAGAACAGGUUUUUAAACACCUCUAGCAAAACUAAGGAAUAACUGAUUGAGGUACAAGGACUUUAAUCCACAGCGGAAAGGAUUAACGUACUUUGGAAUGUAAUUAUUUUAGAGGGAGUAUUGAACAGUGACGAUCCAUGACAUACAAGUAAAACAAUAACAAUUAUUUAAUUCAGUGUGAUAUAGUAUAUCCACUUCCCAUAUGUUAGAAUGUCCCUACAGGUAUCACUAGCAUUCAACAUAUUUUCCCACUGAGGUACAUUUUUAGAUCAUUUUCCUUUUCUUUUUGUAACAUAUUUCUCAAUCAGUCCUGAAGACAGUUUGCUUAUUUUUUUGCUAUUUGUGGGAUUCAGCUACAUGCAAUCUAUUUGCUCUGUUUCCUAUAUUACAACAGUGACUGCACUUGAAAGGUUCUUGGGAUAUCUUGAGGUUGUAAAAAGCAUGCUCUUGUUGCAAUAUGACGGCAUAUGGCAGUCAAAGUGAUGCUGAUAUAAUGAAAUUGGAUUAAAUAUCUUUGACAGUCAGCUGCCCACUAUAGCAAAAGCUUAUAAUGUUUCAGAUACUAUGAAUGGUUUUAGCUCUGCGUCAUUUGUCAAACUUACUAGAAGUGUUGUGCAGACAAAUAGAAUAGUUCAUUGACAAAUAGAAAGUUACAAGACCUUUCAUUUUACAAUUUAAACCACUUUAUUAUGACCCAAUCAGUGACCAAGUUUCAAGUAUUAAAAUCGUUAGGUUGUAAAUAUUUUUAUUAAUGAAGAACUGUAUAUGAACAAAUUCAGACAUUAUUACAAGAAAUAUUUAAAGAACAAGAACAAGUUCAGCAAAGGAGAAGAAAUUGUGAGUUUAUUUCUGAGAAUUCUUUCGAUAAUCUCAAUGCUUUUGUAAAAUGACAUCUUCACGUGUAAACAGAAACAUUGAAACGAAAAUCUGAUGCCAAGUAUUUCUGCGGUUUUGAUACACUAAGUUUUUCUCAAGUUGACUAUUAACCUGUACAAUAUUUAAUAUUGUUUAAUAUUAAUUUCACAAUCCCUUCCUCCAACCCCACCCAAAAUAAUUGGUAAGUUUAAAAAAACUUCCUUUAGAAAUCUCAUAUGUAAAUAAAAUUGCAAUUUCCUUUUUGAUAAAUCUGCAGAAUUAGCGACAAAUGUAUUUGUAGUUAAAAUAUUAACUUUACAAUUUAAAAGUGUCCAAAAUAACAUGUUCAUUUGUUGGUUGAUGUAGCCCUCUGUCAGAGAGCUGAAAUAACUGGCUCUAAUAAUCUGUUAACCUGAGAAAUAUUUGUAUCGAAUUGCAGAACUGCUAGGUUAUUCCCCUAUUAAUGAAACUGGAACAUAAUGACAACACACAGUCAGUAAUUGUUACCAUACAUAAUGUCUUUAUGAAAUGGGUUAUGAAGCAAAAUAUAAAUAUUUCUAUAAUAUCACAAAUAAUUUUGAUGCCUAUUUUCAUUCAUUAGUUCCCUUACAGUUUACAGAUAGCAAUAACCUUGGUGAGGUAAGAAUGUAUUUUUGAUCAAUAGUUAGUGUAAUAAAAUACUGCCAUUAAUAUCUUG